GUCUCCAUGCAGAACUGAGGUCCACUGGUACAGCUCAUCACUUUGCCUACCUGCUGAAUGCGUCCGACUACCGGAUCCUCCGUAUGGAUGAGGACCACGACCGCAUGUAUGUUGGCAGCAAGGACCACAUCCUGUCCCUAGACCUCCAUGACAUCAACAAGAGUCCACAUAUUAUCCAUUGGCCAGUGUCCGAACGAAGGCGGACAGAAUGCCUCGUGAGCGGGAAGGAUGCCAGCGAAGAGUGUGCAAACUUCAUCCGUCUAAUUGAGCCAUGGAACCGGACUCACCUGUACAUCUGCGGGACAGGAGCCUACAAUCCAGUCUGCACCUUCGUCAACCGCGGGCGUAAACCUCAGACGUCCAUGUAUCUGCAGAUGGCCCUGGCCAGGGGAAGGGCCAGCCGCGCGGCCGAACCCAGCGCGGUGCACGACACACUUGGACUGAAGGAAGAAAUUUUCCACUUGGAGCCUGGAAAAGUGGAAUCUGGGAAGGGGAAGUGCUCCUACGACCCGAAGCUCAACAGCGUGUCAGCUUUGAUUAAUGGAGAGCUGUACGCCGGCGUCUACGUCGACUUCAUGGGAACGGACUCGGCCGUUUUCCGUACUUUGGGGACCAAAACUGCAAUGCGAACAGACCAGUACAACUCCAGAUGGUUGAAUGAUCCCACCUUCGUUCACGUGCACCUCAUCCCGGACAGCGCGGAGAGGAACGACGACAAGCUGUAUUUCUUCUUCAGGGAGAAAUCCUCCGACAUGGGUCAGAGUCCCGUGACCCAGUCCCGCAUUGGACGCAUCUGCCUGAACGAUGAUGGAGGUCACUGCUGUCUGGUCAACAAGUGGAGCACCUUCCUGAAGGCCAGACUCAUCUGCUCAGUGCCCGGGACCGACGGCAUGGAAACACACUUUGACGAGCUCCGAGACGUUUACAUCCAGCCAACUCAGGACACAAAGAACCCCGUCAUCUAUGGCGUCUUCACCGUCUCCGGGUCCGUGUUCAAAGGCUCGGCCGUUUGCGUUUACUCCAUGGCCGACAUCCGCAUGGUCUUCAACGGGCCCUUCGCCCACAAAGAGGGUCCCAAUUACCAGUGGGUGGCGUACACGGGGAAGAUCCCCUACCCUCGCCCCGGCACCUGCCCUGGAGGAACAUUUACGCCCAGCAUGAAGUCCACAAAGGACUACCCAGAUGAAGUGAUCAACUUCAUGAGGAAUCACCCUGCCAUGCACAAUGCAGUCUACCCAGUGCACAAGCGCCCCCUGGUGGUCCGAACCAACGUGGACUAUGAGUUCACCACCAUCUCAGUGGACCAGGUGACGGCUGCAGACGGCAACUAUGAAGUGCUCUUCUUAGGAACUGACAAGGGAACAGUUCAGAAAGUCAUCGUCCUGCCCAGGGACGACCUACAGACCGAGGAGCUGGUUCUGGAGGAGGUUGAAGUUUUUAAGGUUCCCACUCCUAUAACGACGAUGAAGAUCUCAUCCAAAAGGCAACAGCUGUACGUGUCCUCUGCGGUCGGCCUGACCCAGCUGGCCCUCCACCGGUGCGACGUGUACGGCGAGGCGUGCGCCGACUGCUGCCUGGCCAGAGAUCCGUACUGCGCCUGGGAUGGAAAGUCCUGCUCCCGGUACUCAGCCUCACAGAAGAGGCAAUACUGGUCUGACCCGUUUAGACGUAGCCGGAGGCAGGACGUCCGGUACGGGAACCCCAUCCGACAGUGCAGAGGCUUCAACUCCAACGCCAAUAAGAACACACUGGAGAUGGUGCAGUACGGGGUGGAGGGCAGCAGCACCUUCCUGGAGUGCCAGGCCCGAUCUCCACACGCCGUCAUUAAAUGGCACCUGCAGAGAGACAACAGUGACCGCAGGAAAGAGAUGCGCUCUGACGGGCGGAUCCUGAAGACCGAGCAGGGCCUGCUGCUGCGCUCCCUGCAGCCGUCGGACUCCGGCAUGUACCAGUGCACCGCCACAGAGAAGAACUUCAAGCACACGCUGGUCAAGCUGCAGCUGGUCGUGCUGUCGGGCCGCGCCGUCAACAACGCGCUGGUGGACGGCGGCGGGGGGCUGGUGCCAUCGUCCCUUCACUCGGCCGGCGCCCAGUGGACCCCCAGCGCGGGCCAGUACAAGGACCUGCUGACCAUUCUGAGCCAGCCCGAGAUGAGCCUGAUCAACCAGUACUGCCAGGACUACUGGCAGUUCGGAGACCCGCUGCUGGGAGCAAUCAAGGCCAAAGACCUGAAGGAGCUCAAGGAGCAGAAGAAACCCCGCAACCGUCGGCAUCACAGGGAGCGACAUGAGGAGGAGGACGAGGAAGAGGAGCAGGAGGGAGUAGAGACAUGAGGAAGCUGACUGUGUGUUUGAAACACAACCUCCCCUCCACCCGACCCUCCCCCACCCCCAAGAAAACUGGGAAAGACUCGAUGAGAUGAGAGUAGCAGCUUCAAAGAAAAAGAUGAAAAAAAUCUGCAAACUGAAUGAAAACGGCUUCCAAACGAAACCCCACACACACACACACACACACACACACACACACACACACCUCCCUCAAGCCGUAACAUAUAUGAUACACAGUAUUUAUUGUAGGUUGUAAAUAGUACCAUUCUGUGGAUUUCUUUGUACUUACAGUAAAAAAGAAAAAAGAAAAGAAGACAAGCUCUUUGUGUAUAGGUACCACUUUGGGGGCGGGGAGAAUAUUGUUAUUGUCGUUGAUUUCGAUGUUGCUGUUACUGUCGGUAGGAAAAUCCCCAUUCGUCAGCAUCAUGUGAACUUUGACAGCCUGAGGAACGUUGUUGGAGCGCGAGCUGUUGGGACUCAGAGCGGACUGCGACGAGGAGCUGCUGAGAACAAGGUGACGGGAGAAUAUUUCUUUUUGUUUUUUGUUUUUUUUUACUAUUAUUAUUAUUAUAAUUAUUUGUGGACACUCCAGAAGAGCCUGUGCUGCAGCCUCCCUGUGGCUGCAUGCAGAGAGAGAGACUUCAUGUUGGAAGAGGGACCACUGGACCUUGGUCCGAGUUAUCUGUGGGGGUCAGAGGUCGGGGGGGUCACACUGCUUUUCUCAGUGGGAAUCCUUGUGUUUCUUUUCUGUCAUGUCUGUGUAGAUCAGAGGGACUGAUUGUAAAAACGAUGUGGACCGUCGCUGCGUCCCGCGCCAGAUACUAACCGGGAUCCAAGAGAUUUAUUUAAAAACAAAAAUAAAUAAAUAAAUAAAUAAAAUGUUUACUGUCAAAAAGUAUGAGACUUACUUCCACGGUGCGGUGCCUGGCUCAAGUGUUCACACAGGAGUGAAUUAUUUCACAUUACAUCACAACUAAAGGCUUGAAUGUAUUUUAUUGGGAUUCGGUGUGACAGGCCGACAUAAAGCAGUGCAUAAUUAUAGAGUGGAUGGAAAAGACGCAUGAUUUUUAAACUCUUUUAUGAAUAAAAGAGUGUGGAGUCCAUUUGAAUCCAUCUAUUGUGUAAAACACACAAUUAUUUAAUGUUAUAAAAUAAUCUGCCAAUGGAACUAGAACUUUCUCAUCAAAUUACUUCAUUAAAACAGUCUCCUAUAGCUUGUUGAAAAUGUACCAGGUCAUUUGGUUAAGAACAAAUUCUUAUCUUCAAAAAUACAUUAAAAAAAAUCAUACACCAGAAUACCAUAAAAACCAGAGAAGGGACAUAAAAAAACAUAUUCAUACUGACUAAAUGUACUAUAAUACACAUAAGUCAACAGUUUUCAAAAGCAAUUAUAUUGAUCAUUUAUUAUUGUUUUGAAUUAAAUGAGGUUUUGCCUAAUUAUGUACAUAAUACAGACCAAUUAUGAGACCCGGAAUAAAAAUUACAUUUUGUCAAAUCUUAUCAAAAUCAAGCAAAUACACAUAAAAUAUAUUGGUCAGUGUUCCAGUUAACUCUAAGAAGGCGGUUCUACAGCAUUGGUUGAAAAGGACCUCAGUGUUUUGACUGUUUUGCAGUUUUCUAGAAGCUUGUUCCAGAUUUGUGGAGAAUAGAAGCUGAAUGCAGCUUCGUAGGCUAGAACCAGAAGACCUGAGGUUGGUACAAUAACGACUGAUCUUUACUUUGGUCCAUUUAACCAUUUAGUUUAGGUUAAGGUUAAUGUUUUGCUGGAAAGUCACCCUUCACUUUAGCUCCAUCUAUUCUGAAGACAUUUUCUUGUGCUGGAUUUUAUUAAAUUAGACUAAAAACUUUUAGGAAGCAUACUUUUCCUUCCAUAUCACAGUGAUGCACUGCUUUGACACCGACUGCCGUGCAAAAUACCAAUAAAAUACUUAAAGGUUUGUAGCUACAUGGUGACAAAAUGUGCAAAAAUUCAAGCUUUUUGAACACUUUUGCGAGGGACGGUACCCAAGCUGCUGCUCUAUGUUCAGACACACCAGCUGUCUAAAUCGGUAACCAUGACAUCACUUCCUUCAAACGCAGACCUCCUUUGGACGGAUUUUGAGGCGUACAAGCUAUAAGGAUUUGCACACAAGGGCAUUAUUUAGUUUUAUUUUUCAAGGGACAUUGGCAGGGGCCAAA